UUCCUGCUUGGGGACAUUUCAUUUGAAACUCCAAGAAUGUGUUCAAGCCCUGUGCCGGUGGAAGAUGCAGACACAACUUAUGAGCCAUCUCAGGAUGAGAGCUACCUAAGCGACUCAGCCCCAUCGCACCCCCCGCACGAGGAGAAGAAAUACAUUGUGUUUCAAAGUUGCCUCCUGCAGCUGUUCCGGCAGUGCAUCACAUGCCAUGCAACAUGCACACUUCAAACCUGGACCCAAGGCACAAUGAUCAAGGUGAAGGCUGUGUGUCCCGACAAGCAUACGAGGACUUGGCUGAGUCAGCCACUCAUCAAGAACAAGGCUGCUUGCAACGUCCUCCUGUCCACAGCUAUUGUGGCCACUGGUUCCAGCCCUUACAAAGUGCUGAGGCUCCUGGAACUCAUCAACAUCCAGGCUAUUGCAGAACGAACAUACUUUCUUUACCAGACAGCGAUCGUGCAGCCUGCAAUUGAACGAGUGUGGAAUCGAGAGCAAAAGAGGCUUCUUGAAGAGAGGCGGGGAAAGAAAGUUCACUUGGCUGGAGACGGGAGGUUCGAUUCGCCGGGCUUCUCCGCUAAGUACAUGACGUACACGUUCAUGGAGAUGGACACCAACCAAGUCGUCUACUUCGUACAGGUCUGCCUUGGAGAGGCUCCUGAGGUCAAGACCAGCAACUCCAUGGAGCUGUAUGGCUGUGUCAAGGGCAUAGAUUUCCUCAAGCGGCAGGGCAUCACCAUUGAAGACUUGGUGACCGACCGUCACGUCGCCAUCAAGGGCCACAUGAAGACGAAGGAGCCCGAGAUACAUCACUACUUCGAUGCUUGGCACAUAGCAAAAGGCGUAAGCAAAAAGAUGCUGGCGGCGAGCAAGUAUGCAGGGUGUGGUGCCUUGGUGCAAUGGGCACAGCCUGCCUCCAACCAUGUCUACUGGUGUGCGGCCAACAGCGAAGGAGAUGGCAAACUCCUCGUUGACAUGUGGAAAAGCAUCAACAAUCAUGCCUCGGAUGUGCAUACUGGCCACGGAGGGAUCUACAACCGCUGCCUCCAUGACCCUCUCAUUGGAGAGAGGGAGUGGCUCUCUCCAGGUACCCCAGCAUACAAGCGUUUUGCAGCAAUCACGACACAACGAUUGCUGCUCAGGGACCUCGAGCACGUCUCACCCGCGGGCCAGACCUACAACCUCGAGUCUUAUCACAGUACUCUGACAAGAUUUGCCCCCAAGUCUGUUGCAUUCAAGCCCGGCAUGAUGCUUGCCAGAACCAGGCUGGCUGCCCUCCAUCAUAAUGAGAACUCCACAAGAAGCCAAGCCCUCACAAGGGACGGACGUCUCAAGUGGAAGAGGAGAAUGCAGAGGGCAAAGAAGGGGAUCGAGACCGUCAAGAAGGAGAAAACCAAGCCUACCUAUGCGUACGUCGGCGCACUUCUCCACGAAGUUGUCGCUUGCUGCAACGAGUCGUCCUCCUUCAAGGAGGCACUGGAAAAGACCCGUCAGGAAGAAGUCCUCCCCAUGGCGGCGCUGUACCCAAGGCUCCCCAAAGAGCAGCUGGUGGCGCAGAGAAUGUCGCGCUUCAGCCGGGGGGCGCCAGGACACUCAUGAGAAGGAUCUACUGCACAAGAGACCACCGACACAAGAAGUGAACCAACCUCAGCUAUCCACUGGUGCGGAGUCCAGAGAGGGGUACCGGAAGCCAG